UUCAGAUAUCUCUUCACCGAUUGACGCAAGUGGGAUACCAUUGCCCGAUCCUGACGCAUCAGACCACCGAUCUCAAUCCGGAGAAUAUUCCACCGAAUAUUCUAAUCCAUCGAAGAUCCCACCGGAAACUCUGAUCCGGCCAAGAUCCGUAAAGAAAUGAAACGGGAGACUCUAACGUUAGUUCUGGUGUAUUUCGCCGGAAUCAUGGAGAGAGCCGACGAGUCUCUUCUCCCAGGAGUUUACAAGGAGGUAGGAGAGGCCCUGCACGUUGACCCAACGGCUCUUGGAACGUUGACUCUGUUUCGUUCCAUUGUUCAGACUUGUUGUUACCCUUUGGCCGCUUACUUAUCUUCCCGACAUAACCGAGCACACGUCAUCGCUCUCGGCGCUUUCCUUUGGGCCACCGCCACUUUCCUCGUCGCCAUCUCCACCACUUUCUUCCAGGUGGCAGUAUCAAGAGGCUUGAAUGGGAUAGGACUCGCCAUUGUAACACCCGCGAUACAGUCUCUAGUCGCUGACUCAACCGAAGAUAGUAACCGUGGCAUGGCUUUCGGAUGGUUAGGAGUGACUUCAAACAUAGGUUCAAUACUUGGCAAUCUCUGCGCUAUCCUCUUUGCAUCCAAGUCUUUCAAUGGCCUCGCUGGAUGGAGAGUUGCUUUCCUAUUAGUAGGAUUCGUAAGCGUGAUAGUCGGUGUACUUGUCCGUCUCUUCGCAAGCGACCCUCAUUACAAUAACAAGCAAAUCACAAAACAUGACAAAGACAAACCGUUCUGGUCAGACGUACGAGAUCUAUUACAAGAAGCCAAGAUGGUUAUUAAAAUCCCCUCUUUCCAAAUUUUUGUCGCUCAGGGAGUCUCAGGGUCUUUCCCUUGGUCAGCUUUAGCUUUUGCACCGUUGUGGUUAGAGCUUAUUGGUUUCUCGCACAAAACAACAGCGGUUCUAGUAACGCUAUUCACUGUCUCUUGCUCCGUUGGACAUUUGUUUGGAGGAUACAUGGGUGAUACUCUUGCCAAGAAGUUCCCAAACGCUGGUAGGAUUAUACUCUCUCAGAUAAGCUCUGGCUCGGCCAUUCCUUUAGCUGCGAUUUUGCUUCUUGGACUGCCUGAUGAUCCCUCCACUGCCUUUAGCCACGGUGUGGCUCUUGUCACCAUGGGAUUAUUCAUCUCAUGGAACGGUUCAGCUACAAAUGGUCCUAUAUUUGCAGAGAUAGUUCCAGAGAGAGCUAGGACAAGCAUCUACGCGUUAGACAGAUCAUUCGAGUCGAUAUUAGCUUCAUUUGCUCCUCCUAUAGUAGGGAUGCUUGCUCAGAACGUGUAUGGAUAUAAACCGAUCCCUGAAGGAUCCUCAAGCGUGAUCAAGAUUGAAACAGACAGAGAGAACGCAGCAUCGCUAGCUAAAGCACUCUACUCAGCUAUAGGGAUCCCUAUGGUGAUAUGUUGCACGAUCUACUCGUUCCUGUAUUGCACCUACCCUAGGGACCGAGAUAGAGCGAAAAUGCAGGCUUUGAUAGAGUCAGAGAUGCAUCAACUUAACGAAGAAGAAGAUGACAAGUUUGGGAUUGAAGUCAAGUGUUUUGGAGAUGAGGAACAUGAUGAGACUUAUCUGCUGAAGCAGGAGCAGAGUGAGAGUGUCAGAUGAUCAUUUGAGUUGAUUAUAGAAAGACCAAGUUAUAAUUAUGUUUUUUU